UUUCAUGGUAAAUUAAAGCUGAAACGAAAGUGAAAAUCAACUGGAGGGAGUGUUUUACAAUAUACAGUGACUCGACAGUCAUUUCCUCGUUGUUCAUAAGUGUCAGGAUGGAGGAAUAUCCUUAUCCGAUCGUUGUGGAUGGAGAAUGGAGCCCCGAACAGGCAAAAAGUUUGAAGAAUAAACUCCAGAUUUACUUUCAAAGCAAGAAGAAGUCUCAGGGAGGAGACUGCGUCGUACAAGUCAAUGAAAAGAGCAGCGCUGCUACAGUUCUGUUCAAAUCAUCGGACAUCCGAGAUAAUGUUCUCUCCAAAGCGGAUCACGUGAUUAUCAUUGACAAAGACAGAGUCGAGCUAAAAGUGAGCAAACCCGGCGAUGCAUUGAAAGAGACAGACAACAGCGUAAAGCUGACGGAGCAGGCAUCUGGAUAUCAGGAACCCAAUCAAAAUGCUCCUCCUAUUGGAAGUGAAGCAGAUGUGAAGAACGUUCAAGAAUCAUUUGCUGUAGUUCUGGAGAAUAUUUCAGAUGAAGCUGACAAAAAUGUUCUGGCUCUUUUGGUGGAGAAUGUCAGUAGUGUUCCUGAAAAGGACUUUAGCAUGGAACUAAUACCUGAAUUAAAAACAGCAGUUGUGACCUUUAAUAGCCCCAGUGCCGUAGGAAAGUUUCUUGAAGAGAGCAAGAGACACAAAAAGUUCAAGGACUAUGGUCUGAAGGCCCGUGCCCUGGAGAAAAGCACAUGUGUGCGGGUGGAGAAUCUUUCAGCUGAGGCCAAUAAUAAGAUGCUGCUUGAGCUGUAUUUUGAAAAAUGGGGCGGUCCAGUAGAAGAAACCAUCAUAGUUCCAUUGGAGCAAGCAGCCAUCAUAACCUUUACAAAUGAAGAAGACAGGGAUAAGGUUUUGAAGAUUGAGCAUAAGAUCAGCAAUGUUCCAGUCAAGAUCUACCCCUAUUAUAAAUCCCUGGAUACAGCUUUGUAUGGCAGCAACAGACCAACAUUGAAGCUGCCUGAAGCCAUUACAGUCAGUGUACAUCCUGCCAUCAGGAAGUUCCUUCACAAGAAAAGGCUAAUUUCUUCUAUCAGUGAUACGAUGAGCAAACAAUUCUGCCAAAUAGACAUGGACAAACCUGACGUUCUGCUCAGUCCUGAUCCAGCACUGCUGAAACAGAAAGGUGUAACCAGAAGACACAUUGAUUGCUGGGCAAAGAAUGCCUCAGACGCCUUUAAGACCAUUAUAUCCAACUAUACAGCCUUUGAGUUGCCAGUGUUGUACCCCGUGUGGACCAAAGCGGAGAGUGAUAUCAAGGGACUGGUGAAAGAUCAAGUUUUUAUAGAAAUGGAUGUGUCUAAAGAGGCCCUCACAAUGGCUGGUGCGACCCAUGAGCUAAAUGGGCUGAAAUCUGUUGUGGGGAAAAUGUUAGAUCGAGCAUCGACUCAAAUGGAGAGAGAGAGGAGCAGCUUCACAGAGGUUAUGGAGGUGACACCUGCCAUGUACUCUCUGCUUCAACAAGAUGGUCUGCAAAAUGCCCUAACUGCUUCUCCACAACUGCAUCUGGACUACGACAAGAAAAUGAAUAAAUUACAUUUGUCAGGCCUUCAAACAGAAAUUCUCACCUUCAAGAAUUGGGUCCUUGAGAAGAAAUUAAGAAUGAAAGAGAAGCGUUUAAAGGUUGAUCAUUCAUUAUUAGAGUUCUUGAAAUCUGUGAAUUGUGAUGAGAUGUCUAAAGACCUGUUCAUAGCUCAAGGAAUAAGUGCUGUCUACACUGUAGAAAAUGGGGAUCUUGUUUUGAUCGGAAGCACAGAACAAGCACUUUCUGAGGCAGAGAAGAAGUUGAAUACGGCUCUUCAGUUUAAAGACAUCAUUGUAGAAGAUCGGGCUGUACUUGCAUUGCCAGAGUGGCAAGAUCUCCAUAAACAAUUGCAAAGUUCAUACAAUACAUCCAACAAGAGGAUAGUGUUGAUAAAUCUUUCACCGCAAAGAGACAAAGUAAUAGUGUCUGGAUUCAGAGAACCAGUAGCUGAGGUCAGCCUCAACUUAGGCGAAUUCAUUAAGAAACACACUAGAGUUGAAGAUUCAGUUAUUGUUAAGUCACAUGCAGUGGUCGAAUUUAUAAAAGACAGAAAAUCACUUGACUGGCAGCAUUUUAUGAAGUCUGAUGAGGUAACAGUGUGUUUCGAUUCCAUAAGACCCAGGAUCAAACUGUCUGGAGAGCGCAGGUUUGUCCAGCCAGCUAUGAGCUUCUUCAAAAAGAUGGCAGGUGCUCUGUACACGGACACGCUGAUCAUUAAAAAGGCAGGAGCAAAGAAAUACUUCAAGGAGGAAGGUAGAUAUAUGUUGUCAUUAUUACUAAAGGAAAAAGGAUUUGUGAUUGUUCUCCAGGAAGAUCACAUGCUGGAAGAAGAAGAGGAGGAUGAUAAAGGCAAAGAUAGAGGUAGUUUUGAAGAAUUUGGGCAGUGUUGUGAGGUUAAGAUGCCAGGUGGAGUUACCGUCAGAGUCAGAGAGGCAGACAUUUGCAAGAUGAAAGUUGAUGCUGUGGUCAACGCAGCUAAUGAAGAUCUGAAGCACAUUGGUGGAGUAGCUUUAGCACUUCUCGAAGCUGCUGGACAAGAUCUGCAGUACCGUUGUGACCAGCACAUUAAAGUGACUGGACCUCUUAGCCCUGGAGAUGCUAUCAUUACUGAGGCCGGUCGCCUUCCGUGUAAAUAUGUAGUACAUGCCGUUGGACCCCGAUACAACAGUUCAGACAAACCUACUGUGGUGAAACGCCUACGAAGUGCUGUGAGGGUAAGUUUAAAGGAGGCUUCAGGCAAACACUGUUCAUCCAUUGCAAUUCCAGUUAUCAGCUCAGGAGUCUUCGGCUGUCCGCUCGAACUAUGCACAGAAACAAUUGCCAGCGAGGUGCGGGAGUUUAUCUUGGAUCAGAACCCUAGUGACUCGAGGAGUACACUUAAUGAGAUUCACUUGGUUGACAAUAACGGCAAUACUGUGAAUGCCAUGGCUAAAGCCGUCAGAAAGGAGUUUGCUGCGUUUAGCCCCAAAAUGAAUGUCCCCCAUCUUAAGAAACCUCUUGAGCAUGGAAGCUAUGGACACAGAGGUCAGGGUUACCAUGGUCAUGGAAAUCAGGGAAAUAGAAACCAAGAAUUUGGAGAUCACAGUUCUGGUCAUAGAAACGUUGAAAGACAAGCACAAGGAAGAGAAGAAACCAACUUUUCUGGUGGAAGAUCAGAGUGGCAUGAUGGGUUAACUGUUCUUGACACUAAAACUACAAAAGAGAGACAACAAAUCUUUCUGAGCAAGGGGAACAUUCAGGAUGCAAAGGCUGAUGUCAUUGUAAACACUAUAUCAGAAGACUUGGACCUCAGUAGAGGUGCCAUUUCCAAGGCGCUCCUCGAGACGGCUGGUCGUCUGCUCCAGGCAGAGAUCAACACAACUGCUCGUGCAAAGCGACUGAAAUAUGGAGAGAUGGUCAUCACAGAUGGUUAUAAGUUGAACUGUAAAAAAGUCUUCCAUAUAGUUUGCCCAUUUUGGAACGGUGGACACAACUCUGAAGAUAAAGUACUCGUUCAGAUCAUUAGAGAUUGCCUGAAAAAAGCAGAAGCUAUGCGGAUGGCAUCAGUCUCUUUUCCAGCUAUUGGUACUGGGAACCUUGGCUUUCCGAAGGAUCUGGUGGCAAAUGUCAUGCUGAGUGAAGUCCAGGAAUUCACCCCUCAAAACCUCAAAGAAAUAACUGUGAUUGUGCACCCCUCUGACAAAGAGACUUUAGAUUGCUUCACCAGAUUCUUCAGAGAUGGGUCCAGUCCAGUCACAAAAAGAUCCCAUCAACAAUUUAUACCUAAAACAAAACCUUUUGGAAAGCCAACACAGACAUCUGGGCUCCUGGGCAAAGUCUCCACUCCCUCUCUCGGGGUGAUCACUAUGCAAGUGGGUCAAGUGACCCUGGAGGUUUCAUCAGGAGACAUAACUAAAGAAAAAACUGAUGCCAUUGUCAACUCCACAAAUCAGAAAUUUUCUCUGAAAGCAGGAGUUUCAAAGGCCAUUUUAGAAGCUGCAGGAUCAGAAGUGCAACAGGAAUGUUUACUGAUCGUAAGUGCACCAAAUUUCCAGCUAACAGAGAUUGUGACCUCAGCCGGGCAGCUCCCAUGUGGAAACAUCAUCCAUAUUGUGGGCCGUAAUCAACCAUCUGAAAUUAAAGAUGUUGUUUUGUCUGUUCUGAAGAUAUGCGAGGCAAACCAACUGGCCUCUGUUGCCUUCCCUGCUCUUGGCACAGGUCAGGGUGGAGCAAACCCAGCUGAUGUUGCAGAUGCAAUGGUAGAUGCUGUUGUUGACUUUGUGAAGAAAAAGAAACCAGCAAAUGUAAAGCUAGUGAAGUUCCUCAUAUUCCAGGCGAACAUGGUGUCAGAUUUCCACCAAAGCAUGCUCAGAAGAUCGGGUGAAAAAGUGGAGGAGGAGAAAGGCCUUAUGGAGAAGAUUAAAGGCUGGACAAAAGAAUUAAUGUUUUGGGACACUUCAGAAUCUCCCAAAAAUGAAGAGUUUGUGAUGGUGGUUGAGGAAAUUGAACCAGCUGUGUUCCAAAUGUGUGGAGAUACUCUACAGAACUUAAAUACGGCCAGAGACAUGAUCAACAGCAUGAUAAUAAAGGAGUAUGUGAAUAUUCCAAUCCAUGACACAGCCAUUGGUCAUUUCACAAAGGAGGAUGCAGAAAUGCUGAGCGCCAUGCAGAGAGAGCUCUCGGUGAGCAUUAAACUUGAGAUGAAAGAUCAAGACCCUAUCAUCACAUUAGAGGGACUGACGAGAGAUGUGCACAUUGCUGAAAGUCGUAUUCGGGACAUGAUCCGUAGGGUGGAAAGGCAUGAAAGCAAAAGACGUGAGGCAUUUAUAAUCAGCAGCGUGGUUGAAUGGAAAUAUCUGGACCGUAGACAGAACCUAAAAAACUUUGAUAUGAUGACCAAUUAUGACCUGGAAAAGGCCUUUCAGAACAAACAAACCUCAAUCAAAAUCAAGAUUGAUAAUGAUGUGUACAAAGUUGAUUUUGUUAAUUUACAGGCCUCAAGAGGCAGUAUGUGGAUUGAACUGCAAAGAGUAGAUUUAACAGAUGCUCAGUAUUCUUUGCCUUCACACUGGAAGGACAUGACGGGACAUGCAGUUGAUCUGGUAAAGCUCACAGAAGGCUCAAAUGAGUAUGGAGAUGUGGAGAAAGAGUUCAACAGAACUGGACUCACCUUUAAGAUCAUUCAGAUUGAAAGAGUGCAGAACAGCACACUUUGGAAAAACUACAUGAUCAAAAAGGAAGAACUGGAAGCCAAGAACAAACAUAAAAACAACGAGAAGCUUCUCUUCCAUGGCACUGGCCCUGAUAAGACUGAUCAGAUCAACCAUCACGGCUUCAAUCGCAGCUAUGCUGGAAUGCAUGGAGCCAUGUAUGGGAAUGGUACAUAUUUUGCUGUGGAUGCACGCUAUUCAGCCAAAGGCUACUCAAAACCUGAUGCCAAUGGACACAAACGCAUGUAUCUGGCCAGGGUGCUUGUUGGCGACUUCACUCAAGGAAAACCAGGUAUUCUUGUUCCACCUGCAAAGAGCUCCAACAGUGCUGAUCUCUAUAACAGUGUGACCGAUAACACAAACAGCCCAAGCAUGUUUGUCAUUUUCAAUGAUGUACAGGCUUACCCAGAAUACCUUAUCACAUUUCAGUAAGGAUUCAUAGUUCUGUUUGUGAAUAUUUCUUUAUUGUGCUGAUUAGAAAAGUGGCCACACAUAAUAAUGACGGUUGUGGCAACUUGCCUAUAUGGCAAAAACGUCAGAGGCCACAAAAAAUCUAUUCCUUUGCUGAAAUAUAAUCCUGAGAAUGACUUGCUUAGGUGCUUUGCUAAAGAUUGCUCAUUGUUCUGUUAAGUAUCUUUUCUGCUCCAUUAAAAAUAUGUUAAAGGCUUUGAAUAAUAUAACAUAAUGAUUAAUAAGAGCAAAUGAUAACAAACGUCUCAUUUAUGGGUGAACUGUUCCUUAAACAUUUUGAAAUAUUGAGUAUAAAAUAAAGGUUUUGCUGACUGAUAUAGAAUGUAAAAGAGUAUAAAUAACACUUGAUAUUGUUUAUAAUAGAACACAUCAAUGUGGAACUGAGAUUCUGUUUGCAAAUUAUAAAUCUAAUUCUUUACAUAUUGUAAAACAUUACUGAACAAUCAUUUAUUUUCAAGUCAAACUUUUUUUUAGAGCUGACCACUGUAAUGGUUGUCUGCUUUUAUUUCUGUAGUCAAAUUAUAACAGAACUGUACAAAUUAAAGGUUCCUAUCUGGUUAAAAGUGUUGUGUAUUUGUUCUGGCAUGUUCUGUCUGGUUUACCCAUGCAAUUUUACAGUAAAUGUUGGACCAGUUUUGUGACCUGUGAUGUACAGAAUGUCUUGGUUUAAGUAAAGCAUUUUUCAAGUG